AUGUACUGCUCUGUGUGUCACAGCGACAUCAAGGAUUUGUCCAGGAUGCGACCCUGCAGGUGCACUGAGCAGAAAGAUGGUAAGAUAUCCAUACAGUGACCCAAACAAGCCUAGUAUGGUCACCUUUUUAGUACUAACCUCAGUUUCACAAGAAGCAAAGCUACGGAGACGACUCUUGAGAGGUGCAGAGAGGGUGCAGCCUCCAACUCCUCCUCUAGGUGGAGUCCUCAUCCCACAUGUUUCUCCGCUGUGCUGAAAAGCCAGGCUUGUCCUCGAGGCAGUUGAGCUGGGCUUAUAUUAUUACAAAGCACCAAGUGCCUCUCUGUCCUGUUCGCCUCAUUACACCACACACACAGGGCAGAGACUCAGAAUGGCUGUCUGUCACCAUCAUCCCUCUGUCUCAAAUGAGCCUGUCUGCCACCCAUGAGUGUUUCUGACCUGCAAGACUCUCUCAUCUGUGUGUUUCUCAUCUCUCUCUCUGUGUGUGUAUGUGCCUGCCAUCAGUCUCAUCUCACACCUCCACCUUGAGUCUAGGCUUCAGAUGGCCAUCACUGGGAGUUCUGCCCUUCAGGUGAGAAAUCACACCCUUCUAAACAGGAAUAGGUUCGUUUUGAACAUGCUGAGACAAGUACUUUAUUUACCACUCACUAUGAUAUAUCUACCACACACACACACACACACACACACACACACACACACACACACACACACACACACACACACACACACACACACACACACACACACACACACACACACACCCCUAGUGUGUGUAACAUCAGUGUGUCCUGGCAUUAGUAGUGGCUGCCUAGUGCAGGCAAGCAGUAAGGUCCUGGACAGCUGAGCACAGUAGAAUAGCAGGCUGUGAUUGACAGGCUGAUAAAUGGGCCAGCUCCCCAGAGAGAGGAGAUAGCGCUGUCAGGAGAUGAGUUAGUGAGCAGAUUACAGCCAAAAUAAAUCAAAGUACCCUGCUCUCUCUCGCUCGCUCGCUCCCCCCCCCCCUCUCUAUCUCCCUCUCUAUCCUGUCUCCCCACCCUUUCUGUCUCUCUGUGAUCUGUGAUUCCACUACCCUAGUGAAUACCUUUCCUCUUGUACUCUUGACAUCCAGAGUGGUUGGACAGUGUGUGUGUGUGCCUCCCCUGUCCUCUCUCCCUCAACUCUUUCUUCCCCACACUCUCUGAGGCUUGUGUGUGGGUGUUUUCUCUCUGCUGUAGUCCAGAGGGAGAGACUCUUCGAGAGAGGGAGUGUGUGAGGGAGCAACAGGAGCAGCUGGAAGAGGUGAGGCUGGACUUUACAGGCCUGUUCUCCUGCAGGACCUCUGUCUGGUAAGACUGGGACAUCGAGGCAAUUAGACAUACACUCACCUUCUCAAACACGAGCACUACCUUACUAGAACCUAGCCAGCUAGAACUUCCUUAGCCAGAUAGAAUAAAUGCAUGUAAUAAUAACAUAAUAAACAUAAUCAGUCGUGUCUGUGUGUGUCUGUGUGUGUGUGUCCUCUCCUCAGACCAGACAGAGUGCGAGUACCCUGGCGCUGCAGGACCACAUGGUGGUGGUAUGUGUGUUUGGGGAUGAGGGCUCCAGCCUGCUGGGUCUGGGGGACUUCAUGAUGCCUCUGAGGGCCAGCAGCCUGACGGCUCCAGAGCUGAGGACCGUGGUCUUCCUGGGAGACCCACAUUACUUCAGAAGGGAGUGGCCCAACAUACAAUACUUCCCCAACAUCUACUUCAUGCCGGUGAGUCUCUGGACAUGUUGGAAUACUCUAGAAUAGAUCUUAAAUCUAUCCAUUAUUCAACCGAAACGUGUAUUUUUGCUGACACAAAUGACCGGCAUAGGCUAGGAUACUCUAUUGCUAUAAUACCUACUAAUGAGGCUAACUACGUAGAGUUGGAAGAGGUGCCUAGGAGGUAUUGACCAACAUUACAGUCCUAUAGCCUUGCCUGUCUCCCGCUGUCCCCUCACCCAUUUCGUCCCCAGGGCUCUCCUUUAUGUGGGGCAGACCUGUGUGCGUUGAGGGUGGAGCGCUGUGCCAUGGUGGUGGUCCUCAGCUCUCUGUCCAACUCCAGCGACAUUGAGCCCUCAAUGCAGGACAAGGAGACCAUCCACUUCUGUGUCAACCUCUACCACAUCUGCUUCAUCCCAGAGCCAGGCCCAAGUUGCACACAAAGGUUCACUCAGAGUCACAGCCAUGGACAGGGGUUGGGUCUGGGGCUCGGUCAUGGGUUUGGUCAUAACCACAGUCUAAGCCACGGUCAAUGAGAGGGACCAGAGAGGUUCAGAGAGAGUAGGCAGGCCUGGGGGGCUUGGAGAAUAUUACUGUUCAUGUUUGUUGGCUGCUUUGAUAUUAGAUUAGUUGGCUUGGCUGGAUGCUGGACUGUCAGUGUGAGAGGAUUGCGUUGCAGGUGAGAGAAUGUGUAUGUGCUUGUGUGUGCGUGUGUGUGUUAUUGUCUGUGAAGGUUGUGUGUGUGUGUGUGUUUGUCUGUGUGUGAAGAGUGUGUGUGUGAUUGUCUGUGAAGUGUGUGUGUGUUUUCGUCUGUGAAGGGUGUGUGUAUGUGUCAUUAGGGCUGUGAUGGUCAUGGAAUUUUGGAGGACGUUUAUUGGCCAGCCAAAUGACCACGGUCACCGCAAUAACCAUUUGAAUAGCAAAAAAAUAAGUAUACAUACAGUACCAGUAAAAAGUUUUAGAACACCUACUCAUUCAAGGGUUUUUCUUUAUUUGUACUAUUUUCUACAUUGUAGAAUAAUAGUGAUGACAUCUAAACUAUGAAAUAACACAUAUGGAAUAAUGUAGUAACCAAAAAAGUGUUUAACAAAUCUAAAUAUAUUUUAUAUUUGAGAUUCUUCAACUAGCCACCCUUUGCCUUGAUGACAGAUUUUCUUUUUUUAAGACGCACAUACUCUCGUCUCCUGACUGCAUGUGCUGCCAUAUAAAUAGAAUGAAUAGAACGGGCUUGGAACCUCUAACCCUGGCAAUUUGACUGUUAAACCCAUGCGUACACUUGUAAUGGCUGCCUGGUAUUGUGAUGCAAUAAUUUCCAUGGUAAUAUGGAAUGUUCAUUCCACACUCCUGAGUGGCGCAGUGGUCUAAGGCACUGCAUCGCAGUGCUAACUGUGCCACUAGAGAUCCUGGUUCGAAUCCAGGCUCUGUCGCAGCCGGCCGCGACCGGGAGACUCAUGGGCGGCGCACAAUUGGCCCAGCGUCGUCCAGGGUAGGGGAGGGAAUGGCCGGCAGGGAUGUAGCUCAGUUGAUAGAGCAUGGUGUUUGCAACGCCAGGGUUGUGGGUUCGAUUCCCACGGGGGGCCAGUAUAAAAAAAAUAUGUGUUCACUAACUGUAAGUCGCUCUGGAUAAGUGCGUCUGCUAAAUGACUAAAAUGUAAAUGUAUGCAGUACUCAUCUGCCUAUGAACCAGAGAAAUACUGUUAGCACUGAGUUGGUGUGCCCUAGUAGGACGUCCACUUUGUGCAGCUCACCCUGCACUAAUAAAAAUAACCAGAGUAUGUCUACCUCUGCUAAGCUUCCCAGUAAUGCAAGAAAAAUAAUCAAGCAUCCCAGAAACAUUUUAAAAAUAGCCCAUGUUAACAUAUGUAGCUUAACAAACAAGGUUAAUGAAAUCAAUAAGUUGCUAGUAACAGAUGACAUUCCUAUUCUGACAAUCUCUGAAACUCACUUAGAUAAUACCUUUGAUGAUACAAUGGUAGCAAUAUAAGGUUAUAACAUUUACAGAAAAGAGAAAUGCCAACGGGGGCGGUGUUGCGGUCUAUAUUCAGAACCACAUUCCUGUAAAGAGAGGAUCUCAUGUUAAAUACUGUUGAAGUAAUAUGGCUACAGGUUUAUCUGCCUCACCUAAAGCCCAUUCUGGUGGGAAGCUGCUAUAGACUACGAAGUGCUAACAGUCAGUAUCUGGAUAACAUGUGUGAAAUGCUUGAUAAUGUAUGUGAUAUCAACAGACAGGUAUAUUUUCAGGGCGAUUUACAAAUUGACUGGCUUUCGUCAGUCUGCCCGCUCAAGAGAAAGCUUCAAACUGUAACUAGUGCCUGCAACCUGGUUCAGGUUAUCAAUCAACCUACCAGGGUAGUUACAAACAGUACAGGAAUGAAAUCAUCAACAUGUAUUGAUCAUAUUUACAUUACAUUUUAGUCAUUUAGCAGACGCUCUUAACCAGAGCGACUUGCAGUUAGUGAGUGCAUACAUUAUUAUAAUUUUUUUCAUACUAGGUCUGCAGAACUACAACGACCGGCCCUGCCACUUAAUAAAACAAAUGCUGGCAAUACUGGUGUCAAACCAUGCAAGUCUCAGUAGCAUGAAAUAACAUCUACAGUUGAAGUCGGAAGUUUACAUAGACCUUAGCCAAAUACAUUUAAACUCAGUUUUUCCACAAUUCUUGAUAUUUAAUCCUAGUAAAAAUUCCCUGUCUUAGGUCAGUUAGGAUCACCACUUUAUUUUAAGAAUGUGAAAUGUCAGAAUAAUAGUAGAGAGAAUGAUUUAUUUAAGCUUUUAUUUAAUCCCUACCAUUGUGUCGCUGAGUUGUCAUAAUGCUUCAGCAAAUGUACAUUAUCCUAGGGGCAUUGGAAGACACAAUGUAAAUAACCUGAUUUAUGUCCCUCUUACUGCCCAGAAUGCCUCUGCUGAUCCUACAGCUAUUGUAUAAACUCCUGAGUGGCGCAGUGGUCUAAGGCACUGCAUCGCAGUGCUAACUGUGCCACUAGAGAUCCUGGUUCGAAUCCAGGCUCUGUCGCAGCCGGCCGCGACCGGGAGACUCAUGGGCGGCGCACAAUUGGCCCAGCGUCGUCCAGGGUAGGGGAGGGAAUGGCCGGCAGGGAUGUAGCUCAGUUGAUAGAGCAUGGCGUUUGCAACGCCAUGGUUGUGGGUUCAAUUCCCACGGGGGGCCAGUAUAAAAAAUAUGUAUUCACUAACUGUAAGUCGCUCUGGAUAAGAGCGUCUGCUAAAUGACAAAAAUGUAAAUGUAAUUGUAAAUGAUGUUGUGCAUUGUAUUUUUUGUAAUGUCAGUUGAGUUGAAUCAACAAAUCACAGCACAUAUUGAUGGGUACACUUCUUGCUUUUACUUCCUGCUUUUCUUCCUUCUUUGCAGCUAUGGGUACACUCGCAAUGGCCGCCAGUCCAGCCAUUAUGUCAUCAUUGACUUGAAUGGGGAUGCCCGUUCUAUUCAUUCUAUUUCUAUGUGUGCUGAUGCUGCUGCAGGGAGGGAGGGGUGUUGCCUUGGCAACUGAAGACUCAUUUGCUACAACACCUUGCUUGUUUCAGCAAGGAGCAACAAAGUUUCAUCACGUUGUUAAGAGUCCAUGUUACCGCAGAAUCGGACUCAACCGCAUGAAUGCCCGGCCGUCCCGUCUUCAGUCAGCUGUUUGUUCCACACACAACAAACAACAACUGUUAUGAUGGUUAUUUUAUUUUCAUGAUGGUCUUCAUCCAUAACCGUCGGUUACACAGUUAUACAGUUAUUGUGCCAGCCCUAUGUGUCAUGUCCAUGGCAUGAGUGCUAUGUACUGUGUGGUGAGAGAGACAGACAGACAGGUGGUGAGAGAGAGACAGACAGACAGACAGGUGGUGAGAGAGACAGACAGACAGACAGGUGGUGAGAGAGACAGACAGACAGACAGGUGGUGAGAGAGUCGGACAGACAGACAGGUGGUGAGAGAGUCGGACAGACAGACAGGUGGUGAGAGAGACUGACUGACAGACAGACAGGUGGUGAGAGAGACAGACAGACAGACAGACAGACAGACAGACAGACAGACAGACAGACAGACAGACAGACAGACAGACAGACAGACAGACAGACAGACAGACAGACAGACAGACAGACAGGUGGUGAGAUAGACAGACAGACAGACAGACAGACAGACAGACAGACAGACAGACAGACAGACAGACAGACAGGUAGUGAGAGAGACUGACAGACAGACAGACAGACAGACAGACAGACAGGUGGUGAGAGAGACUGACAGACAGACAGGUGGUGAGAGAGACAGACAGACAGACAUGUGGUGAGAGAGACAGACAGACAGGUGGUGAGAGAGACAGACAGACAGACAGACAGACAGACAGACAGACAGACAGACAGACAGACAGACAGACAGACAGACAGACAGACAGACAGACAGACAGACAGACAGGUAGUGAGAGAGACUGACAGACAGACAGACAGACAGGUGGUGAGAGAGACUGACAGACAGACAGGUGGUGAGAGAGACAGACAGACAGGUGGUGAGAGAGACUGACAGACAGACAGGUGGUGAGAGAGACAGACAGACAGACAGACAGACAGACAGACAGACAGACAGACAGACAGACAGACAGACAGGUGGUGAGAGAGACAGACAGGCAGGUGGUGAGAGAGACUAACAGACAGACAGGUGGUGAGAGAGCCUGACAGACAGACAUGUGGUGAGAGAGCGUGUGUGUAAGCGAAUGGUUUGUGUGUGUGUGUUUGAGCAAAUGCUGUGUGUGUGAAUGCCAGCGUGUGUGUGUGUGAACCCCAGUGUUUGCGCGACAGCCUGCUGCUGAGGCUGUCAGAAAAUAAGCAUGUUCCAGUAAUUAACCUUGACAGGAUCAAUGUGCCGCCAACAGCAGAAAUGUGCUAAUGACACAAUUAAUCCAUAAUUAAGGCAUGCUGUCUCACUGGAGAGACACAGUAACUGGAUCGACCCGUCUGGGCUGCCUAUCAAUGACAGUCUGUACUAUAGGAGAUGAGAGGGGACGUGUGUGUAUGUUGUUGUUAUUCUUUGUUUGAGACAUUAGUGCAUAAUGUCACAGUUAUACUCUAGUACCCAAGAUAUUAACAUGAUUAGUGACAGAAAACUCAGUGUUAUAGAACACAAAUCAUGUUAUACAAAUGCUUUUGGGGAUCCCAUUCCUUUAAGUGUGUAACAAUUUCUAACACGUCAUUGUAUAGAAGAAGAAUAUAUAGUUUCUUUAUAUAGUUUAAAUAGUUGCAGUUUUCAGUGUGUACAAUUGUAACGGUGUGUUAUGUUUUGUGCUUUGCAGACUCCUCCCAAAUCGCUAUGAUAGCUGAGAAGGCUGAGGUCACCCCUGCUCAAAGCACCGGCACCACGAUCCCUCUGCUGGUAGAGCUUGGUAUUGCAACGAUUUCACUUCAUAGAGUUGUGCUACAUCAAAACAGUGACAGGAGUUUUUUUAUUUUUUUAUUCAUGGUUAGGUCACAUGGUCAGUAAAAAACUUCUGGCCCUAAAGAAUUCAAGAUAGUCCAGUUAAAACCAUGUAGUUAUAGGUGGAUGGUGACAAUUUAUUAUAAUAAAGUACAUUAUUAUUCACAGACAUCCCUGUUUAACAAAAUACUUACCUCUAUACUGACUGUAUGUACCAGUGGAGGCUUCUCAGAGGAGGAAGGGGAGGACCAUCCUCAGUGAAUUUCAUACAAAUAAAAAUAGUGAAACAUUAAAAAAGUCAUUAUUUUUUAGAUAAAACUAUUCUAAAUAUAUUCAUAUCACCAAAUAAUUGAUUAUUACUCCUCUGGGUACAUUGACUUCAAUACAAAACCGUGGAGGCUCGUGGUUCUCACCCCCUUCUGUAGAAUUACACAGUAUUUAUGACGACUUCCGGAGAACAUCCUACAACCUAUCAGAGUUCUUGCAGCAUUGUGGUGUCUAAGCAAUUUAUGACUUUGCUAACGUUUGCAAAUGGUAUCUUAGAGGAUGUUGAUUCAGCUUAGGGAAGCAUCUGGAGAGCAGUUCUAUAGGGGCACCCUAAAACAGAGGAAGUCUGUUGUGUGGAGUCAUGGGAUUGGUCUGUAGGGGAAACCACCCAUAUCAUGUUAAAGAUUAUAAAUACUUGGUUGGGACAAAGGAGGACAGAACAACAUAUUAGAUCGGGUCCGUUGUUCUCCAGAUGCCUGCAGAUGUCUGUAAAUUUACGCUGAAAUCUUUUGAAAUAAUAAACCUUUAUAAUCAAAGUACAGUGUAAGCGGACUCCUUGUUCUCACAGCAUAAUUAGCAUCAUUAUUUAGUUACUACAGAAUGGCGACGAGGUAGUUGGGACGUGUUGCGUCUCUCCAGUGUUCCAUUCAUGAGCUACGAAGUGACUCCCGCUCAAGACGCCGGCUCAUAAGGUGAGAUUUCUCACAAUUUUGUGCGCUGGUCGGUUCGUUUGCUUAUGUGGGUGUGUGCGCUGGGGGGAUGUACCGUUUGAAAGACUUAUGUGUGCAUUUUGCUGUUAUUUGCUGUGGGAUAAGAGUCCGUUCAAAAUUUCUAAAUUUGUUUGCGUUGAAAGCAACGCAAACAGGGGGGAGUGUCUAUAACUAUUGAUAAAUACUGGACACAGGGAUAUUUUUGCUUGAGGAAAAUUGAAAAAGAAUAGAAUGAAGGAAUAAGGCCAAGGAAAAUGUAUACAAAUUAGGAUAUCGCGAAUCUAUGACAAGCCCUCCAACGAGGCGAUCACUAGGAUGGGCCGAAAAUCCUAAAAGCGCAUUAGGUUGGUUUUAGGUCAGUCCCGGGGACUGGAGUUUGUGGUAUAUACAUUCUAUUGCAAGUUACCGCUCAACUUAUAGUUGACGAAGUAUAUGUUUGAUGUAACCGCUCAUUGGAUAUCUGCGAACUCGAGGUAGCAGAAAUUUAGGAACAAUGGAACUCUGUGUAUGUGUGUGUGUGUGUGGGAGAGAGAAAAAUAAUAAAAUAAAGACGUCUCUGUUGUGUUUAAACUGUGUGUCGACUCAUGUUAGUAUAAGAUUUAUGUUAGAGAUAUAUACAUAUAUAUGUUUUGGUUGAGAACACGGGUUUUUGUUUUUAUAAGGAAAUAUGUAAGUUAAGGUUAAAAAUCUUAUGAGUCUCCGUUGGUGAGAACGUUAAUAAUUGUUAACUAUAUAUGAGCCCCCUGGAAGGACGUUAAGGUUAAAAAUCUUAUGACUCUCUAUAAAAAGAGAACGUUUACUAACUAUUAGAAUAUCAUGAGCCUACAGGGAGGAGUUUUUAAGAGUGUAUAGAGAUGUUUUGUAAUUGAUAAAAAAAUAACUAUAAAUCUGCAGAUUAGGAUAAGUGAAGUUAAGAAACUUCAAAGUAGGAUUUGUGUUCUAUGUUUUGUGUUGGUUUGUGAGCUCUGUUAAGUGUUACUGUUUGUCUGUUGGGGGAAAGAACGGAGGUAAAGUUGGUCUGUCUACUUUCUGUUGUUUAGCUGGGAGAGAGCUGCUUGGGAGCUCCUUUCACUCUGAAAUCGCACUGGUGAAUGAACUACGCAUGCGUGGGAUUUUAUGAGUUUAGAGUUACAUAGAGCAAAUAUGCCACUCCCCUGCCUGAACUGAGCUGCUGUGAGACGCAGACUCAGAGCAGACAGAGAAGAAGGGGGAGAUUUACACACUAAUAGAGUAGUCUGUUUGUUUAAUCGGCUGUUGUUUAACGAUGAAACUAUUUGAUUGAGACCUAUUGAAUUGAUAAACUAGAGAUAUGUUGACGGAUUAAAAAUAAAUAAAAUAAAAUGUUAUUGAGCUAUCUAUAAAUAUUCCUGAGUUAAAUUGUUUGCUUAUUUCUUAGCGCGAAUGUGAACAGAGGAAUAUUGCAAUAACCCAGUGAGUGCAUAAAAUACUAAAUUCUUGUCUGUUCUUUGUUCUUCUGUCAUAUGAGAGACGAUGAGGAGGAGACAGCGAGAGAGAGGAGGUGCUGACGAGUGCAUAACGCGACAGAGUGUGCUGCAACGGAUCAAGUCAAAUCAAGGCUAGUACUGUUCUAUUCACAAAACUUACCUUCCCAUAGAGGAUAUUUUGGGUGCCUAGCACAUUUCAUGUUGUGACAAUUUGGCAGGGACUUGGCAACAGACUGAUCAAUUGAUGUAAUUGCAUAUUUGAGUUUUUUGUGCAUGAGUUGGUUUGAUUAAAGUUGUGUUGAAAAUCGAGCACUGACAUUGUUCUGUAAAAUUAAGGUCAUUGGGUGCUUAUUAAUUAAGGUCAUUGGGUGCUGGAUUAUAGGUCUUUCUUUUUUGGAUUGCUCUGAAGUUGACUACUUUCCUUUACUUUUCCUGAUCGGAUGUGGUAAGAUUGCCACUAAUUAAUAAAUUGGUAAAAUAAAUAGAUUAAAAUAAAAAAUAAAAUAAAAAAACAUUGUACAUAUAUUGAUUAAUUAAUUGUUUAAUUAAAAAUAUAUAUAUACAGUGGGGAGAACAAGUAUUUGAUACACUGCCGAUUUUGCAGGCUUUCCUACUUACAAAGCAUGUAGAGGUCUGUAAUUUGUAUCAUAGGUACACUUCAACUGUGAGAGACGGAAUCUAAAACAAAAAUCCAGAAAAUCACAUUGUAUGAUUUUUAAGUAAUUAAUUUGCAUUUUAUUGCAUGACAUAAGUAUUUGAUACAUCAGAAAAGCAGAACUUAAUAUUUGGUACAGAAACCUUUGUUUGCAAUUACAGAGAUCAUACGUUUUCUGUAGGUCUUGACCAGGUUUGCACACACUGCAGCAGGGAUUUUGGCCCACUCCUCCAUACAGACCUUCUCCAGAUCCUUCAGGUUUCGGAGCUGUCGCUGGGCAAUACGGACUUUCAGCUCCCUCCAAAGAUUUUCUAUUGGGUUCAGGUCUGGAGACUGGCUAGGCCACUCCAGGACCUUGAGAUGCUUCUUACGGAGCCACUCCUUAGUUGCCCUGGCUGUGUGUUUCAGGUCGUUGUCAUGCUGGAAGACCCAGCCACGACCCAUCUUCAAUGCUCUUACUGAGGGAAGGAGGUUGUUGGCCAAGAUCUCGCGAUACAUGGCCCCAUCCAUCCUCCCCUCAAUACGGUGCAGUCGUCCUGUCCCCUUUGCAGAAAAGUAUCCCCAAAGAAUGAUGUUUCCACCUCCAUGCUUCACGGUUAGGAUGGUGUUCUUGGGGUUGUACUCAUCCUUCUUCCUCCAAACACGGCGAGUGGAGUUUAGACCAAAAAGCUCUAUUUUUGUCUCAUCAGACCACAUGACCUUCUCCCAUUCCUCCUCUGGAUCACCCAGAUGGUCAUUGGCAAACAUCAGACGGGCCUGGGCAUGCGCUGGCUUGAGCAGGGGGACCUUGCGUGCGCUGCAGGAUUUUAAUCCAUGAUGGCAUAGUGUGUUACUAAUGGUUUUCUUUGAGACUGUGGUCCCAGCUCUCUUCAGGUCAUUGACCAGGUCCUGCCAUGUAGUUCUGGGCUGAUCCCUCACCUUCCUCAUGAUCAUUGAUGCCCCACGAGGUGAGAUCUUGCAUGGAGCCCCAGACCGAGGGUGAUUGACCGUCAUCUUGAACUCCUUCCAUUUUCUAAUAAUUGCGCCAACAGUUGUUGCCUUCUCACCAAGCUGCUUGCCUAUUGUCCUGUAGCCCAUCCCAGCCUUGUGCAGGUCUACAAUUGUAUCCCUGAUGUCCUUACACAGCUCUCUGGUCUUGGCCAUUGUGGAGAGGUUGGAGUCUGUUUGAUUGAGUGUGUGGACAGGUGUCUUUUAUACAGGUAACGAGUUCAAACAGGUGCAGUUAAUACAGGUAAUUGGUGGAGAACAGGAGGGCUUCUUAAAGAAAAACUAACAGGUCUUUCGGGUUUGGUGGGAGAAAAUUUCAAAAAAAUCAGUUGUGGGGGUUUCUUUACUGUUGUUUCUACUUUUAUGAAAAAACAAAAAAAAAAAAAAGGGUUUUUUGGAUUUUAGUUUAAUUUUUUACUUAAUUCCCUAAAAAAUAAAAAAUGUUUUAAGUGGAAAAAACUAAAAAACCAUGAUAAAUAUUUUCCCCCCUGUUAAAAAAAAAAAAAAAAAAAAAAAAGGGGGGGAACCUAGUUCAUGUUAAAAAAUUUACAAAAAAAUUAAAAAAAUUGUUUACAAGGGGAAAAAGGCCAAAAAAUAAAAGGUUUUACCCUUUGAAGUAAAAAUUAACCUUUAAGAAGGGUUUUUGCAAUUUUUGGGAAAAAUGUUAAAGGGGAAAAAAAGGGAAAACCUUUUUAAAAAAAAAAAAAAGGCUUUUUGUCUUUAAGGGAAAAAGAAGGGAAAAAAAAAGGGAACAACUUUAAAGAAAAAAAAAAGGAUGGGGAAGGUUUUUUAAAAUGAAGGACAAAAACUGAUGAAAGAUACCAACGAUAAAAGAAACAAAGGUAUAGAGAAAAUGGUAAAAGAAGUGAAGGUGACAGAAAAACUAAUGACAGAAGUCAGUACACCUUUCUCACAUACGGAUUCAGCAAAAAGACCCCCACCUUAUGAGAAAGAAGUAGAGUUUAAGGACGUCUAUCCUCAGCUUCCAGUGAUCAUUCAGGAGGGUGAUUAUUGCAUCAGAGAUGAAGAUGAACGAAUAAUAGAGAGAGGACAAGCAGAAACGACCAUAAAGAUGAAUCCAAACUCCAAAAGUAAGAAGAAAACGAGAUGUCUGGAGUGAGGUUCAGGAAGAUGGAACUUGAAGAUGAUGAUGAUGAUGAUCAGAGUGAUUCAGAAGAGAUCAUGGGUGGAUAUGACCCUGUGAUCAGACGGAGGUUGGCCAGAGCAGAAAGAAGGGGUGAUGGAUGAUUGAAGAAGAAGAAUACAAGAGAUUCUAGUUCUGAUGAAAGCGAAGAUGAAGACAGCGAUAAAGAUUUGGAGAUUAAAGGUGCUUCAUAUUCAAGAGGAUUUUAUCCUACAAUGACUAGCACAGAAGAAAUAGAAAGAGAUAUAGACCGAUGCGUAUCAUGCCUGGAUAAAGCGAAUAAUUUAGAAGAAGUAAGAGAACUGGAAGAACAACUCAAGAAGCUGAAGAUACAGAAGAAAAAACUGCUGAGAAAAGGAUCCCAAGAAUUGGAGAAUAAGUAUACAUUGAGGCCAAGGAAAGAGGGCACCAGUAAGAAGAUGAUGCCAGUGAUAUUUCGCGGACAGAACCUAGAAUAUAAGCCUUUGCAAAAUACCGAUAUGUCAGAUAUACUUGAGAAGCUGCCUACUCUUCAAGAUGGAGCAUAUCCUUGGAUUUCAAAAUUGGAAGAAAUUACGGUGCGAACACAGUCUGCCAUAGGAGACAUUAAGAUACUUUUGGCUAAUCUCCUUGGGAUUCCAGAUUUGUAAGACAUUUUUCAGAGAGCUGGACUUAAUAGAUAUGUGGGGACUGCAGUGAAUGACCCUGAAUUGUUGGCUGCAAGUAGAAAUCGGCUGUGGAGAGCACUGAAAGAUACGUUUCCAACAAAUGUGCAUCCUGACAACAUUCUGAUUGACCCACUAGGACAACAAGAAAAUCCGAGAGCCUAUGUGUCAAGAGUUCAUCAAGUGUGGAGGAAUAUUACCGGAAAUGAUCCAGAUGUGAGUCAAAUUGAGCAGUCAAUUUUGAGAGCUAAACUGCAGAUGGGACUGCCCUCACCAGUAAGGAGCAAACUGGCAGCGGUGGUUGGACUUGGAAGCAUGACAAAAGGCGUCUAUACAGAUCAUAUAGCCCAUCAAGUGGAUCUGUACAGGAAAAAGGAACACAACCAGAAAGAACAGGACCAAGAAACUCUCAGAAAACUCAAUCAAAUACAACUGGUGGAGAAUAAGAAGGAGAAGAAACAAGCUUUGGUUAUGCAGAAUCAGUGUGCACCAAAUCAACAAUCCCUGCCACAGCUUCAACCGGACCAGUUCCAACCGCAAUUGUACCAGCCACCAAUAGCGGUACCAGUUGUUUCAUAUCCACAGCCAGUUUCUGGACAGACACAGAAUUGGAGAGGAAGAGGACGAGAAGGCUUAGAAAGAGGAAGAGGAGGAAGAUUUAAGCCAUACUUCCAGCAAUCUUCAGAAGUGUGUUAUGAUUGUGGACAGGUUGGUGAUUUUGCCUGUGAGUGUAAUGGGCCAGAAGGAAACACAAGAGGGAAUUUCAGAGGAAGAUACAGGGGUCAGUCAAGAUCAUCUGGAGCACCGGUGAACCCCUAUAGGGGCCCGGAGCAAGGAUUCUAGGGGUGCCCAGAAGAUCCGAAAGGGGGGUGUCAGCUGGUAGCAUCAGGACCGGAAAAAGAUCAAACAAUUGAGGUGAAAAUAAACAACCGACCAUUGGAAGUGAUGGCGGAUAGCGGAGCUGCUUUUACCUGCGUUCGGCCUGAAGAUGCUACACAUCUCCCUAUGUCCAAUCAACUAAUUAGGACAAUCGGAUUUGAGGGAGUAAAACAGCUGAUUCCUCUUACGGAACCAAUUGAGCUCUGCUAUAAAAAUCAGAAAAUUACAAUACCCAUACUGGUAUCAGAACAUACACCUAUUGCAUUGUUGGGAAGAGAUGCAUUGUGUAAGUUGAACUGUACAAUAAGAUGUACAACAGACGGCUGUCUGGUAGAAGUGCCAAAGGAAAAGGUUUACCAAUUGUUGAUGAUGACAGAGAUGGAUUCGUCUUCAGUAUUCUGGAUUGGAAAUCUCAGUGAAGAUUUUUUGAAGCAGGCUAAGAUAUGGGAGAAAUUUAUUGUGACAAAUAUGCCAGAUGCGAGGCUUCCGGAAAUAUUCAUUUCAUUGUACGCUCAAGUAUUUCAAGAAUGCUGCCCAAUCGAACUCAGGGGAAUGGUUGAGUCAUCAACCAAAGAAAGUUCAACUUAGCUCAUGUUGCAUUAUUUUAGGACCACAAGGAGCAGCUAUGAAGAUAAACACAGACGAUUAUCUGGAUAAAGAAUUUGAGAUUUAGAAGAGUGUGCCACAUGUGACCUUGUUGGUUUCUGAAGGCUAUGAGCAGAAGCAAAUAGGAGAAAUGAUGACAGAAGCAGAGAAAUCUGUUUUUGAACUGAUGAAAGAAUUGGGGGAUUUGGAGGAGUGAAGAUCAGCGAUUUCUCAAAAUAAUGAUUUUGGCUCAAGGACAAGGAGAGUCAUAAACUGUAAGGAUGACACAUGAAUCUAUUUGCAGUGUGAAGAUGGAUUAAAAAUCUAUGAAAAAGGAGAUGUUGAAAAAAGUUCAAGAAUGUUUGUGGUCUCAACACAGUACCGAUAUUGGACUUGUGAAAUCAGCCCAACCUGUGAAAGUUGAACUUCGACCAGGAGCCAGACCUCCUUGGAAGAAUCAGUAUCCAUUGAAAGAUGAAGCAAUCCAAGGGAUUGAACCACAAAUUGAAGGACUUUCAAAAGCAGGUGUUUUGAAGACAAUAGAAAAAUCCUUAGAGUAGCAAUCCAUUGUUGUCUUUGGAGAAACCAUGAGAGGUUGAUAGUAGCGACUCUAGACCUAUUAGGUCUGAUGAUUUAGGAAGCUAUGGGUUAGCUAAUGUUGCAAGGGGGAGGUUAAGAGAAAGAUCACAAAGGAGUAUGGUUUUUGGGCACCAUAUUUGCUUGAACAGGUUGACUAUGUCAUAGGCAGGUGGACAAUCUGUCUGAAAAAUAAUGUUCGCAGGGGUGUGACUGUUAUUCUUGGUUACAUUCCUACACCAAGAGGUGCAUAAGAUGUCAAACUAAGCGAAAAUAUGCUCAGUCGUUUGCCAAGUUCUUGUGUAAAGAAGUCAUAAGUAGGUGGGGACUUCCCGAUCAAAUAUCCUGAAAUUAGUGGGAAGGGAAUUUGUGGAUAAAUCAGUGAAAUGGUUUUUGAAAAAUUAGUGGGAAAGGAAUUUGUGGAUAAAUCAGUGAAAUGGUUUUGGGAAAAAGUUAGGAGAAAAGUCAGACUAAAAAGUUAUGAAAACUAGGGUUGAAGGAACUCUAGGACAGUCAGCUCAGCUUCAAUGUUAGUACGAGAGAGAGAACAGUGGUGAAGGGAAAUUUAGAGUUAAGUGGAGAGAUAAUUAUGGAGAAGAAGUGUUGUUAUGAGGACAAGAAGUAGAAGCUGUUGCACCUAGUGAAAGGAAGUAUAUUUUGUACAACGAUAUGAAGUGGAAGAGGGUUAUGAGUGAUUGCUAACUUAUUUUGAGUAAUGUUAGAGGGGAAGAUCAGGGAGAAUACUAUCAUGGAGGUACAGGAUGAGUUCUUUGAUUUUAAUGGAAGACAAGAAGAUAUAUCUGAUCAAUACCGCUCGUUAGGGAAGAGAGAAACUAAAUGGAAGGCAUAAUCUUUGGUUCCAGCAGUUAACUCAUUCUGUAAGAUCAGUGAGGAAUGUUGAGGGUCCAUGUCUGUUGAGAAUUCCAGCACCAGGCACAUGGGGUUCAAUCUUAGAGAUGGUGGCUCAACCUCUAUCAAGUAUGUGUCAAUCUUAUGCUUUAUCAUGGUUGUUGUAUCCGCAACAAUCAUUAACAGAUACAAUAAUGUCGUUGUCGAAGCAUUUGUUUAGGCCUAGGUUUAAAUGUUCUUGGUUAAAUGAAUUAUCCUAUGUGAAUUUGUUAGAUGGGAAGGAAAAUUAGUUAACAGCGAUUCCUGAAGCAUUGGAGGUGAAACCUGUGAGGGCUAAAAGCUGUUUUUGUUAAAAUAAAACAUAUGUUGGAAAGGGUAUGUUUAUGGGAAUAUCAGAUUGUGAUGAUUAUAUGAUGACUUUGGGUAAGCAUGAACAUAAGGUUAGUAAUGAGAAAUAUAAUGUAACUUUUUAUGUUCCAGUUAGUAAGAAGAGCAGGACUUUGAUGGUGAAAGAUCAGCUUUUGCCUGGUAAUGUGACUAUUUGGGAAUUUUAGAGAUAUUUGGUGGGUUUGUGGUGAUAAAGCAUAUAUAUAAUAUUACCUAUACUUUGCAGGGUUUUGCAAAUGAAACGAUAAGAGGGUUUAACCUUCUGUCGAAUACUCAAAGAAGUCACAGACUGACGCUGUUGAAACACGACAUGGCUCUUGACUAUAUUUUAGCAAAACAAGGUGGCUUAUGUUUGGCUAUGAAUUUGACGGGGGAUGAUUGUUAUACUUUGAUCGCAGAUAGUUCCGAUAAUAUCACUAGUGUUAUAGAUGCAUUGAAGAAUAUAAGGGAUGCGUUUGGUAGAUCUGAAGGAGCUGGAUGGUCAGCGAAGGCUUGGUUGCAAGAUCAGUUAGGCCCAGUGGGAGCAGUGAUAGUUCAGAUUUUAGUAGCAGCUCUGAUAGCGCUGUGUGUGAUGUUUUGCUUUUGUACUUUGUUAUUGACUUUUGCGAAGAAUAUGAUAUUGAGAUGGGUUGGAGUUGUGAUGCCUGGAGAAAACACUCAGAUGCCGUUGUUAACUGUUACUGAUCUGGAUGAAGAUGAACAAGUGGGACUGGAUGGAGUAUUGAUGGAUAGAUAUCCAGUUUGAAUAUCUGAUCAAUUUUCACAUGUUUUUAAUAUUAGCGUGAUUUUAGUAUUUUGUGAUGAAUCAAAGGUGGGAAAUGGAAUGUGAUUCAUUUUAUAUAUCAUUUUAUAUAUCAUUUUUAGUUGAUAUUGAUGUUUUAAUUUGAAUGUGUUGUUUUGCAAAAGAUACUGUUUGGUCUUUUCUUUUCUUCCAGAAGCAUAUGGGGGAAUGUGUAGAGGGGAUUCAAAUACUCAAACAUGGACAAUAUGAAUGGACAAUAUGAAUGGACUGGAGGAAGUGGAACAAGGAAGGUGUGGAAAUGUUCAGAUUCCAUCAUCGACGUUGCAUUGGAAGUCAACACUGCUGAGGAGAUGAAGUGUAGUGGACUACAUUCCAGUGUCUGCAAUGAUAUAUAGACAUAUUUGCAUGUGUAAUACAUAAUUUGUGUCAUAUUCUUUCUGUAUUAAUUUUUGUGGAAUGAUAUUUGCUGUUAUUGGGUACAUGUGGGGAUCUCAGAUGUUUUUGUUUAUUUCGUGGAUGCUUAGGGAUAUUGGGUCUAGGCAGGGACAGAGAGAAUCUACAGGAGGGUCCGAUGGGUCGACCAGCCUGAAUGUGGACAUUUUUGAUUGUAUUUUGUUUGCUGAGGCUUUCAUGUGUAUUCAAAUUGCAUCAUAGUUUAAAAUGCAUUGAUAAAGAUUUAUGAAUUGAUCUGGAGUACGUAGGUGGUUGCCUGGGGCAGAGGGGCCGUGAGAGAAUUUUACUGUCUUGAUUGAUUGAUGGAUAUUUGGAAAGAAAGCUGCCAGACAGGUUUUUCGCUCUCACACUCCAUAAAGAUUUGUUCAUAUUUCAUAGAAAUGUAUUUACACUCCAUAGAAAAAUUUGUUUUUGGUUUAUUGUUAAAGAUACUCAAUAAGAGAAAUUGUUAUUUGUCAUAAUCCUAUUAUUUUUGUUUUCGAGACUUAAUUAGUCUCGAAGGGGGGAAAUAUGUGGUGUGUAAGCAAUUUAUGACUUUGCUAACGUUUGCAAAUGGUAUCUUAGAGGAUGUUGAUUCAGCUUAGGGAAGCAUCUGGAGAGCAGUUCUAUAGGGGCACCCUAAAACAGAGGAAGUCUGUUGUGUGGAGUCAUGGGAUUGGUCUGUAGGGGAAACCACCCAUAUCAUGUUAAAGAUUAUAAAUACUUGGUUGGGACAAAGGAGGACAGAACAACAUAUUAGAUCGGGUCCGUUGUUCUCCAGAUGCCUGCAGAUGUCUGUAAAUUUACGCUGAAAUCUUUUGAAAUAAUAAACCUUUAUAAUCAAAGUACAGUGUAAGCGGACUCCUUGUUCUCACAGCAUAAUUAGCAUCAUUAUUUAGUUACUACAGCAUGAACUGACAUGUUGUCUAUCCAAUCAAAGGAUCAGAGAAUGAAUUUAGUACUGAAAGCAUAAGCUGCAGCUAGCUAGCACUGAAGUCCACAAGCGAAGGGAAAAGGUGAGAGGAGGAGAGCAUGUAAAUGCGAGAAGGAAUUAUACAUUGAUCAAAGAGGUCAUGCUGUUUGUAUGUGGCUGCUAUGAAAGUGAACUGUGUGUAUUGAUCAGGGGUGUAUUGAUUCCGCCAAUUCUGUUGGAAAAAUGUUUAUUAAACGGAAGCAAAAGAAACUGGGAUAAACAUACCUGAAUUUGUCCAAUAGAAACUCUUGUUUGCAACUGUUGGACUAAAGAUUACACCCUAGAUCAGCUAGAUGCAGGAAAGAGUGUGCAAGGCCGUAUUGAAUGUGUCAAUCAAUCAAUCAAUCAAUCAAUUUUAUUUUAUAUAGCCCUUCUUACAUCAGCUAAUAUCUCGAAGUGCUGUACAGAAACCCAGCCUAAAACCCCAAACAGCUAGUAAUGCAGGUGUAGAAGCACGGUGGCUAGGAAAAACUCCCUAGAAAGGCGAAAACCUAGGAAGAAACCUAGAGAGGAACCAGGCUAUGAGGGGUGGCCAGUCCUCUUCUGGCUGUGCCGGGUGAAGAUUAUAACAGAACCAUGCCAAGAUGUUCAAAAAUGUUCAUAAGUGACAAGCAUGGUCAAAUAAUAAUCAGGAAUAAAUCUCAGUUGGCUUUUCAUAGCCGAUCAUUAAGAGUUGAAAACAGCAGGUCUGGGACAGGUAGGGGUUCCAUAACCGCAGGCAGAACAGUUGAAACUGGAAUAGCAGCAAGGCCAGGCGGACUGGGGACAGCAAGGAGUCACCACGGCCGGUAGUCCCGACGUAUGGUCCUAGGGCUCAGGUCUCUCAGUUGGCUUUUCAUAGCCGAUCAUUAAGAGUUGAAAACAGCAGGUCUGGGACAGGUAGGGGUUUCGUAACCGCAGGCAGAACAGUUGAAACUGGAAUAGCAGCAAGGCCAGGCGGACUGGGGACAGCAAGGUGUCAUCAUGCCCGGUAGUCCUGACGUAUGGUCCUAGGGCUCAGGUUCUCAGAGAGAAAGAGAGAACGAGAGAAUUAGAGAGAGCAUACUUAAAUUCACACAGGACACUGGAUAAGACAGGAGAAGUACUCCAGGUAUAACCAACUAACCCCAGCCCCCCGACACAUAAACUACUGCAGCAUAAAUACUGGAGGCUGAGACAGGAGCUGUCCGGAGACACUGUGGCCCCAUCCGAAGAAACCCCCGGACAGGGCCAAACAGGAAGGAUAUAACCCCACCCACUCUGCCAAAGCACAGCCCCCGCACCACUAGAGGGAUAUCCUCAACCACCAACUUACAAUCCUGAGACAAGGCCGAGUAUAGCCCACAGAGGUCUCCACCACAGCACAAACCAAGGGGGGGCGCCAACCCAGACAUGAAGAUCACGUCAGUAACUCAACCCACUCAAGUGACGCACCCCUCCCAGGGACGGCAUGAAAGAGCACCAGCAAGCCAGUGACUCAGCCCCUGCAACAGGGUUAGAGGCAGAGAACCCCAGUGGAGAGGGGAACCGGCCUGGCAGAGACAGCAAGGGCUGUUCGUUGCUCCAGAGCCUUUCCGUUCACCUUCACACUCCUGGGCCAGACUACACUCAAUCAUAUGACCUACUGAAGAGAUAAGUCUUCAGUAAAGACUUAAAGGUUGAGACAGAGUCUGCGUCUCUCACAUGGGUAGGCAGACUGUUCCAUAAAAAUGGAGAUCUUGAUGACAAAAAUGUCUCUUGACCUGUGCACCUACAUUGUAAACUUUCAUUCAUAGGCUAGGUUGUAGCAACCUCAUGAUGGGUAUACAUAAAAUGUGAGUAUCAUUUAGUAGCCUAAACCUAUCGAUUUUACAUUGAGCUGGGUAAAUGGAAUAUGAAUGACAGUCAUCCAAUAUGCUGUAAUAGAAAUAAGGCCAUGGUCAUCAAAAUAAUAAUCGUCCUCCCUCAUCUUAAACGACACCAACUGCCACUGGUAUGUACUGUAUAUAUACUACUAACUAGUCCCUCUCUCCCCCAUGCAUGGAACAGCUCUAACGUGUGCUUUGUGAACGUGGCGGACAGCCAUGAGGACUUCUCCAGCCUGACCCUGACCCAGGCCUUCUCUGUAGGCUCUGUCUUCUCGGUCGACCUGCUCGACUCUUUCAUGGCAGCUGUGAGUACACAGGACAUCACAAGACUGGAUCUAACAUAAUGUUAAUAAACUGUUUGGCCAUCACACAAUGUUUACAAUGACUUUACCCGGUUUUCCUUAAAUAGUAAAUCAGUACUGCUUUGUUGCUUAUAGUUAUGCUAUAGUUCAUGGCUUGAAAGUAUUAUUUGAUGCUUGGGAAGCAUGAUAACACCACUGUUGUACUUCUUCUCUACUCAAUGCUAUAAGCUCAUGUAUCUGGAGCACCAAAGAUGGUGGACAAUUGAUAGCCUCCCCAAGAUAACUAGCUAACCAGUGAACUAACUUUUUACUAGUUAUUGGCCUCUGGUAGAACACACAGUGUCACUGUGAACUGAGUGUUCGCUAACCUAACCAAUGCCUAACCUAAUAAAUUAACCUUACCUCUGGGUGGUUGUCUGUCUGUUGUCUCUGUUGUGGUGUAUAGACGUACUUCAAUGCCCAUGUGUCUGGUUUUAUUUGUACGCUGGUGACGGGUGGCGACACCCCCUUAAUGGAGGCCCAGCUGGCAGAGGACAACCAG